AUGGCGUCCCUAGGCACCCAGGCAGACAGCGUCAAUGUACAGAUCGUGCACCUCUCGGGCAACACCCGCAUCGCACACGCUCCAAAGGCAGCAAAUGUAGACCGCCUGUACACUGCCGGAGAUGACUACUUCUUCCGCAUCCUCGGCACCACCCUCGACUCGCGCCAGGACCCCAUGAUGGUCGAGGACGCCACCAAUGCCCUCACGUGGAUCGAGGCAGAUCACAACUACGUCGUCACCGCUUCCGAGGACGGCUGCGUGCGCCUCUACAGCCACAGGCCCGUCGACCACGAGGGCAUGCCCCUGCCCCCCACACACCUGCAAUCGAUCCUCCGCCGCGAGUCGCUCCCCGUCCGCUGCGCCGCAAUCGAGCGCGCCGUCGGGCCCGACAAGCAUCCCCGCGUCGCCGUCUGCUCCGACGAGCUCAUCGUCCGCGUCGUCGACGUCGGCGAUCCGAGGAGGGUGCAGCUCCUCACGGGCCACUCGAGGGGCGUCCGCUCCGCCGCCUGGAGCCCCAUCGCCCCCAUCCUCAUCACGUCGUCGUCGGACGGCAGCGCACGGGUGUGGGACCUGGGCUCAUCGGAGCCAAACUGCCUAAAGGUCAUCGACGGCAUCCUCCCCGCGGCGCGGCCCGAGAGCGACGUCGCCUGCACCGCCUGCUGGCACCCGUCCGGCAGCCACUUUGUCAUCCCCUCAAAGGCCCACGAGCUCGUCAUCAUGAACGCCCAGACCCAGUCGCCCUCGUGGGUCCGCGCCGGCUCCUACCUCGCAUCGUCCUCCGGCACCGUCCCAAGCCCAAGCGGCAGCAUCAACGCCAUGGCCUACAGCCCAAACGGCAGGUACCUCGCCGUCGGCACCUCGGAUGGCCAGGUGACGGUGUGGGACUACUCGUCCAAGCAGGCCAUCCGCUUCAAGCGCUCCGAGGGCCUCGUCACCGGCAUCAGCUGGCACCCCUCGCGCGACGCCCUGGCCUGGACCGACAACCAGGGCGUGCUGGCGCGCUGGAACGACGUCGUCGGCCCCGCCUACCCGAGCCCUUACGAGCACGUCGAGUACCACGUCGGCAGCGCCAAGGGCUCGAGGCGGCCGCGCGACCAGGUCGACGAUCUUUUCGAGGGGACCGGCAUCGACGACGAUGACGACGACGACGGCGGCGUGGAUCCUGGCGCGCCCGGAGCCAACGGGCGCGCGGCCGGGCCAAUCGACGAGGAUGACGACGACGGUGAUGGCCUCGAGGACUUUGUCGUCGAUGACGACGGCUACGCCCAUUAUACGCGGCGGGCCCUCGUCAACGGCCGAGGGGCUGGAGACGAGGACCACCACGGGCGCUCGCGAAGAGGGCGCAGCGCCGGCGGCUCCAAGCCCACCUUCAUCCAAGGCACCAAGCCGCAGGAGCCGUUCCAGCCCACGUCGACGCCGAUGCGGGCACAACGCCGCUACCUCUCAUUCAACAUGGUCGGCAUGGUCACCGCCGUCGACCAGGACACGCACCAGACGAUCUCGUUUGAGUCGUUCGACAUGGCCGCACGGCGCAACUUCCGCUUCACCGACCACCACGGCUACUCGAUGGCCUCGCUGGGCCCGCAGGGCGUGCUCUUCGCCUGCAGGCAGCAGGGAGACAGCCCGAGCGGCGUCUACUUCAAGCCCUUUGAGUCGUGGAACAGCCUCGGCUCCGAGUGGACGCUCAACCUCGUCGGCAACGAGCAGGUCGAGGUGGUGGCGCUGAGCGGUGGCGACGCUGCGCGCCCGGCAGGCUCCGACGGCGACGGCCGCGACGCCUCGCAGUCGGGCCAGGGGAUCGCCAUCGUCGCCACGUCCAAGGGCUACCUGCGCUUCCUGUCGACGAGCGGCAUGCAGCUCUACUUGUGGGCGCUCGGCCACCAGGUCGUAAGCAUGGCCGCCAGCAGCCGGUACGCGUUUGUCGUCUACCGCGCCGCUGGUGGCGCCCUCAACGAUCACCAGAGCCUGGGCUACAGCGUGAUCGAUCUGCACAACUUUGACGUGGUGCAGGAGGGCCUGCUGCCGCUGGCGAGCAACGUCCACGUGCGCUGGGUCGGCUUCAACAGCCACCAUCUACCGGCCAUCUACACGUCCGACGGCGUCCUGUUCGCCCUCGACCGCGCCCAUCGCACGCGCCAAGGCCGCUGGGUGCCGCUGCUCGACACCAACCUGCUCAAGGAUCGUUCGUCGUCAGUGGCCGAGGGCGGUGCGGCGGCGACGGCGACGACGACGAGCGAGGCGGCGAUGCGGGCCACGUCGAGCCUCAACUACUGGCCCGUGGCGCUGUCAUCCAAGCAGCUGAUGGUGCUUUUCCUGCGCUCGGGCCAGCAGUACCCCGAGGUCGACGGCACCCGCCCGCUGAUCCAGGAGCUCGACCUCGAGGUGCCGCUCAUCAACCGCGAGAGCGGGACGGGCGCGCAAGAGGAAAAGUCGCUGCGGGAGUCGCUGAUGGCCUCGAUGGUGCGCGACGCACGCUACGCCGGCUUGGCGCCGCCUGCCGACGAAGCCGGGCUCGACGCCGGCAUGCUCGAGAUGGGCUCCGACAAGGCGCUGCUGCAGCUCAUCCAGCUGGCGUGCAAGGCGGACCGCCACUCUCGUGCGCUCGACGCGGCGCGGCGGCUGCACUCGACGCGGACGCUGGACGCUGCGCUGCAGAUUGCCGCCUUCUUCCACCUGCCCAGCCUGGCCGACCGGCUGGUGGAGCUGCGGCCGGAGCUCGAGGAGCGGGCGUCGCGCGUCGACGACGAGGCGAGACGGUGGUGCGACCCGAGCAUGCGGGGCGGCCCGGCCUACUCGUCGCCGCUCGCCUCGAUCGGCGGUGGCAGGCCGAGGUUUGACGACGAGUCGACGUCGGCGUCGUCGGCCAAGCGGCGGCGGCUGCUCAACGACGCGCUGGCGGGCGACUUUAGCCGUGACAGCCCGCGGCGAUCGGUGGCGAGCACUGCGUCGCCCCACGCCUCGCGGCGCACGGCCGAUGUGCAUGCAUCGUCUCCCCGCGCCUCGACGCCGCCGCGCGCAGCACCCUCUGCGGCCGCAGCAUCGGCGGUGGAGCCGUCGCCGGCCAUGGGGAACACGCCGCUGCCGCCGCGGGCCAACCCGUUUGCGGCGUCCAACGGCGGUGCGGGCGGGCCCAAGGCGAACCCGUUUGCGCGAACCAAGGCGGCGACGGCGAGCAGCCGGGACGCGUCCAAGACGAUGUCCAAGUCGACGUCGUUUUUCGAGCGCGUCGACGCGCACUCGAGCGCGGCGGCGACGGGGGCCGGAGGAGCGGGCGAGAAGAAGGCCAAGCAGGCGAGGCUCAACUUUGGGGCUGGCCACCGCGGCGUGGGCUCAGAGGGCAAAGGUAAGGGCAAGGCGCGCGAGGCGUUUGGCGAGACGCAGUACGACGACGACGAGAGCAGCGCCGGUGGCGCGGGGGGCGAGGAGAGCCUGAUUGCGACGCUGCAAAAGGCCAGAGAGGACGAGGAUGCGCUGCGGAGGCGCGGCGGGCUGGAAGAGACGAUGCGGCCGGACGCCGAUGUCGACGACGACGACGAGUCGAUGGUGCCGCGCGACCGGGGCAUCGACGCCGUCGAGACCGAGAGCCUGGCCGUCUAG